AUGAGGUCCUCUGUGUCUCGGCGGAUGUACUCCACCAAAGGGGGCUUCAGCUCCAACUCCGCCACCGGAGGGGGUGGGUCCAGGGCCCACACCAGCUUCAGCUCUGUGAUGAUGUCCCGGAGCAGUGGCAGUGGUGGUGGGGCACGCUCUGGUCCUAGCAUGGGCGGCUUUGGCAGCCGGAGCCUCUAUAACUUGGGGGGCAGCAAGAGCAUCUCUGUCAGCGUGGCUGGAGGGGCCUCCUCCGGGCGGACCCUAGGAGGCUUCGGCCAUGGCGGCGGGGCCUACAUGGGCCUGGGCGCUGGAAGGCAGACAUUCGGGCCUGUCUGUCCCCCUGGAGGCAUCCAGGAGGUCACUGUCAACCAGAGUCUGCUGACCCCUCUCAACGUGGAGAUCGACCCAGAGAUCCAGCGGGUGCGCACCCAGGAGCGGGAGCAGAUCAAGACCCUCAACAACAAGUUUGCUUCAUUCAUUGACAAGGUGCGGUUCCUGGAGCAGCAGAAUAAGGUGUUGGAGACCAAGUGGGCGCUGCUGCAGGAGCAGGGCCAGAACUCAGGCACCACCAGCAACAACCUGGAGCCCCUGUUUGAGACCUACAUGAGCAGCCUGCGCAGGCAGCUGGACAACCUCCAGGGCGAACGCGGGAGGCUGGACUCAGAGCUGAGGAACAUGCAAGAUCUUGUCGAGGACUUCAAGAACAAGUACGAGGAUGAAAUCAACAAGCGCACUGCCGCCGAGAACGAGUUUGUGGUGCUCAAGAAGGAUGUGGAUGCUGCAUACAUGGGCCGAACGGAUCUGCAUGGCAAAGUGGGCACCUUGACAGAGGAGCUGGACUUCCUGAAUCAUCUCUAUGAAAUGGAGCUGAGCCAAGUGCAGACACACGUGUCUGACACCAAUGUUAUCCUCUCUAUGGACAAUAACCGCAACCUCGAUUUGGACAGCAUCAUUGCUGAGGUGAAGGCCCAGUAUGAGCUGAUUGCACAGAGGAGCAGGGCUGAGGCUGAGGCCUGGUACCAGACCAAGUAUGAGGAGCUGCAGGUGACCGCUGGGAAGCAUGGGGACAACCUGCGGGACACCAAGAAUGAGAUUGCUGAACUCACCCGCACUGUCCAGAGGCUGCAGGGUGAGGUGGAUGCAGCCAAGAAGCAGUGCCAGCAGCUACAGGCUGCCAUCGCAGAUGCAGAACAGCGUGGGGAUUUGGCAUUAAAGGAUGCUCAGAAGAAGCUUGGGGACCUGGAUGCAGCCCUGCUCCAGGCCAAGGAGGACUUGGCCCGACUGCUGCGUGACUACCAGGCCCUAAUGAAUGUCAAACUGGCACUGGACGUGGAGAUCGCCACCUACAGGAAGCUGCUGGAGAGCGAGGAGAGCAGGAUGUCUGGAGAAUGCCCCAGUGCUGUCAGCAUUUCGGUGACUGGCAACUCUACCACUGUGUGCGGAGGCGGCGCAGCUGGCUUUGGGGGUGGCGUCUCCCUGGGUGGGAGUGGGGGUGCCAGUAAGGGCAGCUUCAGCACCAAUGUGGGCUACAGCAAUGUCAAGGGUGGACCCGUUUCUGGGGGCACCUCCAUCCUGCGGAAGACCACCACAGUCAAGACGUCCAGCCGGAGGUAUUAG